UCCACUGACGCCACCCCCAGGGAAUAGGAACAAGCCAGGAGACAAGAGGAGGCUGUGUGGUUAAGGUGUCUCUCUGGAGCAGAUUCUGGGGCCACAGACUCCUGCAGAGUGUGAGGGAGACCCCACUCAUCUUACCAGCCCUUUCCGUCGCCCAUCUCGCGUGGCCACCUCCCCAGAGCCAUGAAGAAGAGGGGCCUUGCGCUGGUCCUGGUGUCCGUGGUCCUGGUGUUCCUCAUCAUCGGCCUGUCCCUCUGGCUGCCCUCCUCCAAGUCACCCGACCACGUGUACCCCAGGGCGGCUGUGGCUGCUGAUGCCAAGCACUGCUCCGAGAUUGGGAGGGAUGCACUGCGGGAUGGCGGCUCAGCAGUGGACGCUGCCAUCGCGGCCUUGUUGUGUGUUGGGCUCAUGAACGCCCACAGCAUGGGCAUUGGCGGUGGCCUGUUCCUCACCAUCUACAACAGCAAGACGCGAAAAGCUGAAGUGAUCAAUGCCCGGGAGGUGGCCCCCGAGCUGGCCUCUCCAAACAUGUUCAACAACUCAGACCAAUCCCAGGAAGGGGGCCUGUCGGUGGCAGUUCCUGGCGAGCUCCGAGGCUAUGAGCUGGCACACCAGCGGCAUGGACGGCUGUCCUGGGCGCGCCUCUUCCAGCCCAGCAUCCAGCUGGCCCGCCAGGGCUUUCCUGUGGGGAAGGGCUUGGCGGCCGCCCUGGAGAGAAGCCGCGCUGUCAUUGAGCGACAACCCGAGCUGUGUGAGGUGUUCUGCCGGGAUGGGAAGAUUCUGAAGGAGGGGGACACGGUGACCAUGCCGAAGCUGGCCGACACGUAUCAGACACUGGCCACGGAGGGUGCCCGGGCCUUCUACAAUGGGAGCCUCACAGCCCAGAUUGUCAAGGACAUCAAGGCAGCUGGGGGCAUUGUGACCAUCAGGGACCUGAACAGCUACGCUGCCGAGGUUAUUGAGCCGCUGAAUAUCAGCCUCGGGGAUGUCCAGCUCUAUGUGCCCAGUGCCCCCCUCAGCGGGCCCGUGCUAGCCCUCAUCCUCAACAUCCUCAAAGGAUACAACUUCUCCCCGGCGAGUGUGGAGACUCCUGAGCAGAAGGGUCUGACGUACCACCGCAUCGUGGAAGCCUUCCGGUUUGCCUAUGCCAAGAGGACCCUGCUUGGGGACCCCAAGUUUGUCAAUGUGACUCAGGUGGUCCGCAACAUGACUUCUGAGUUCUUUGCUGCCCAAAUCCGGGCCCGGAUCUCCGAUGACACCACGCACAUGACCUCCUACUAUGAGCCUGAGUUCUACACGCCCAACGAUGGGGGCACUGCCCACCUGUCAGUGGUCUCGGAGGAUGGCAGUGCCGUGUCAGCCACCAGCACCAUCAACCUCUACUUUGGUUCCAAGGUGCGAUCACCCGUCAGUGGAAUCCUGUUCAAUGAUGAAAUGGAUGACUUCAGCUCCCCUAACAUCACUAACCAGUUUGGGGUACCCCCCUCACCAGCCAACUUCAUCAAGCCAGGGAAGCAGCCUCUGUCAUCUAUGUGCCCAGCCAUCCUCGUUGGCCAGGAUGGCCAGGUCCGCAUGGUGGUGGGCGCCUCCGGGGGCACACAGAUCACCACAGCCACUGCACUGGCCAUCAUCAAUAACCUGUGGUUUGGCUACGAUGCAAAGAAGGCAGUAGAGGAGCCCCGGCUUCACAACCAGCUCCUGCCCAAUACCACCACGCUGGAGAAAGACAUUGACCAGGCCGUGGUUACAGCCUUGAAGACCCGGAACCACUACACGGACAUCAGGUCUACCUUUAUUGCCGUGGUGCAGGCCAUCACCCGCUCGGCUGGUGGCUGGGCAGCCGCCUCAGACUCCAGGAAAGGCGGGGAGCCGGCUGGCUAUUGAGUACCCAAGGGACAAGAAAGCUGACCGGCAACACAGGAAUAAGAUGCCCCUCAGGGCCAGAGUGGGACUUUGGGAAUGUGCUUCCCCUGUUGGUGACAAAGAAGUGCAAUAAAUGGGGGCUGCAGUGCCAGGCUCUGGCAGCCUUGCUGGUUCCUGGC